AGUCGUACAGAGCAGUCCGAGAUCCGAUCCCCACUCCGAGAGUCCACGAAAAUAUCCACCGUCUUCUCAAACACGCACGUACCAGCGCAGCUUAAUCAGCCAGCAAUAUGAGAUUCUUAGUCACCAUCGCCGCCGCCCUCUGCCUGUUCGUGGCCUUUGCCGCGGGUCAGCAAUACUUUUUGGGUCAGUUCCCCAGCAGGGCUCGUUUCGGAUUCCCGGAUCCCCUGACUCUGGCACAGCCCUCGGCCACACAGGUGCGGGAUCCCCGACAGAAUCGAGGACCCGUGGUGUUCCCUCCCUCGCCCCCAGAUGCAGUGGACGAGUCCAGCGGCGUGGUUGUGGGUGCCUCCGGAUACGGUUUUGUGCCGCCCCAGCAAACGACUGCAGCGGUGGCGGUGGCAGAGGAUCCGACGUUUUUUAGCACCACGUUCCAGAGCCCCGACACCGCCUAUGCGACGUAUAACUUCUUCGGUAAUCCGUACACCACGCGAUUUAGGUACUUCUGAGGCGGAUGCAGAUGCAGAUCCGAAUGGAGAUGAAGCUGAGGCCAGAGCCCCAAAACCGAGUCAUGUUGAGUAGUCAGUAGCGGACAGCGAGGACGAAAC